UCCUCAGUUGCGCUGAGCAUUCAAACGAAAAAGACCAAAACAAAUAUCAGCACAAAGAUGAGUCUCACAGCUAAGGACAAGGACACCGUCAAGACCUUCUGGGCCAAAGUGUCUUCCAAUGCUGAGGCCAUCGGCUCAGAUGCUCUCUCCAGGAUGCUGGUGGUGUACCCACAGACCAAGACCUACUUCUCCCACUGGAAGGACCUGAGCCCCGGCUCUGCCCCGGUGAAGAAGCACGGAGCUACAGUGAUGGGUGGAGUUGCUGAUGCUGUGGCCAAAAUCGACAAUCUGACUGCAGGUCUCCUCAGCCUCAGUGAGCUGCAUGCCUUCACUCUAAGAGUUGACCCGGCCAACUUCAAGAUCCUCUCCCACAACAUCCUGGUGGUCUUGGCCAUCAUGUUCCCCACCGACUUCACCCCUGAGGUCCAUGUAUCCAUGGACAAGUUCCUGUCCGCUGUGGCUUUGGCUCUGUCUGAGAAAUACAGAUAAACUGCAAAGUGGAGCAGAAGGGCAGGAAAGAAGACACAUUGGGUUUAUUGUGUUUGAAUAAAGUGAAUUAUACUAUUAAAA